AUGGACACACCAGAAACCCCUGAGGAGUUCACCCGCUUUCCUUCCUUGCCUCCAGAGCUACGUCUCAGAAUAUGGAGCAUUCAUCUAAAGACGCCGCGGAUCGUCGAGGUUUUUGUGCCUCGCGAAGGCCGACAGCAGCCCUGGGGUCUUCCUAGCUACACAUGGACAACACAAAUCCCGCCCGUUUUCCAUGUAAAUCGUGAAUCACGUUACGAGGCAAUGAAAUUCUUCCAGAUGCUGCGACACGUCCGAGGCUCUGGAUACUUGGUUCCGACAAUGAUCGUCAACUUCAAAAUCGAUACUGUCUUUUUCUCGCAGUGGAAUCAGCUUAUUGAAGACCUCCUCGGAGAUGAGAAACAGGACAUAGCUCUCCGCAUCCGAUCACUAGCGAUUCCACUCCACCACCGAGCUCCUUACGCGCCGUUUGGCUGUCCAAAUUUACGUGAGUUAGUGGUACUAGUAUGCCCCAGAAUGUACAGCAGACGGCUACGUAACCAUCGUGUCUGGUACAGAGAAUAUCGGGAGGUAGAGGAGGUAUCUGACAUCUGGGAACGCGAAGGACAUAGCCCAAUCCAUCAAGCGGGGAUAUACCAGGACCGAGAGGGAGAGAGCUGCUUCAGUGGAGUACCUGUGGGCGGCGAGAUCUGGGAUUUCAACGUUUGGGAUUUUGAGAAGCUCAGAGCAUGCCUCUCCUUGGUUUGGGCCUCCUCUUAUGCUAAAGGAAUCUUUCAGAUGAAAGUGAACCAAUACUGCAAUGUAUUGGAUCCUGGAGUACCGAUACCGGCAUACAUCGACUGGGCAAGAGGCCAAGCGACUCAAGCGGCCAAAGACUUUUUCAAAAAUUCUCCGCGGAUUCUAGAUCCACCAGUUUUGAGAAUCAAUCGUGGGGUUGCGGAGCAUGCGGGCAAUUGGUCAGGUGGCAAGAUUGUCUUUGCAAAACCGCUGGAUCGACAGAAUCGAAAGAAGGUUGUGUAUAAUGAGAUGACAGGAGUCAUGACCUUUAGAUUGGGACCAAACAGCGGAAAGGUUGUGUAUAAUAAAGACACUGGAGUCAUGAAAUUUAGGUUCGGAGACGACUUAAAUCGCGUGGUUCCUUCUGCUUUGCUUUACUACGACGGACGACACAGGCGAAUCCUCCCCAGAUAG